UUUCCGGCAGGCCCCGGCUUCUGAAAGCCGGGGCGGACGUGCUGCUCCUGGUCCGGGUUCCUGUCCCGGUCCCGCCGAGGCGGCGACUGCGGUCAGAAGGAAGGAGGUGUUGGACGCACUGGCCCGCCGCCGCUAUACUCUGCAGCCUUAUCUCAGCUCAAAAUGAACUAUAUGCCCGGUACCGCCAGCCUCAUAGAGGACAUCGACAAAAAGCACUUGGUCCUGCUUCGAGAUGGAAGGACGCUUAUAGGUUUUUUAAGAAGCAUUGAUCAAUUUGCUAAUUUAGUGCUACAUCAGACUGUGGAGCGUAUUCAUGUGGGCAAAAAAUACGGUGAUAUUCCUCGAGGGAUUUUUGUGGUCAGAGGAGAAAAUGUGGUCCUACUAGGAGAAAUAGACUUGGAAAAGGAGAGUGACACACCCCUCCAGCAAGUGUCUAUUGAAGAAAUCCUAGAAGAACAAAGGGUAGAACAGCAGACCAAGCUGGAAGCUGAGAAGCUGAAAGUUCAAGCUCUGAAGGAUCGGGGUCUCUCCAUUCCUCGGGCAGAUACCCUUGAUGAGUAUUAAUCAUUUGCUCAGAGGCUGUUGCUUCUGGGGAGCAAGGCUGUCACUGAAUGAAAGUGACAUUCUGAUCACCUCACUCAUUUGACUAGAGACUGUAGAGUAUUGAAAAGUCCUCUUUGAGUUCUUUCACAUGAACAAGAUGAAAUCACCUUCCCCCCCUUUUUAAUGACAAAAAUCAUUGUUUAAAAAAAAAAAAAAACAGAGGCAAGGAUCCUUUGACACAUCAUUUUGAUCACUGUGGAGCUGGCAACCCUGCUUUAUGUUGCCUUUCUUGUCUCAAAUUAGUGUUCACAGGAGACAUUCUCCGUUUACUUGUAAAUAAAAUAAUCUGAAAACUCA